AUGGUCAAACUAAGUGACUACAAGACGGAGUGCCUCUCUGUGUCCAGCCAGUGUGAUCAAGAUGGCUACGCUCCUAAACCCGGAACCAUCUACUCCCCCGAACACAUACUUUGUAAAGCAGGGAAAAUAGUAUCGCACUUAAUGUGCACAGUCUCAGAGGAGGUCUUCGACCCAGUAGACAAAACAUGCACAUCCAAUUAUCACAGAUCAAUCAUCAUCUACUGCCGGAUGAACCCCUCGGCCAAGUUCGCCGACCCGAGGAACUGUGCUCGGUAUUACGACUGCAGUACACGGUACCACCACUUCGGGCUGAAGCCCUACCAGUCGGAAUGCCAGUAUAUGUAUCUGUAUGACGAGAGCAGCGCCACCUGUCGGCUGUUCGACAUGAUCAAAACACCGUGCGGUAACAAGUUUGAGCCGAAAUCACCGUGUGAGUACCGGAUAGGGCGGUGUCUGGGUCGAGAGCACUGCAUGGCGUGUUCCGCUUCCUGUGUUGGACAACCGGAUGGGGAAAUACCGUAUCCCGGCAUCCCCCGCACGCGCUACCAUCUGUUCUGUAGAGGGGAGAGGACGGUGGAGAUUCAAGAAUGUCCCAAGGGAUAUAUAUUCCAUCCCGAAAUCAGAGACUGUGUGCUGGACGUUGAGGAAACUUCUAUAGCAGUACCAACAACAGCAACUACGACGGCAACAACUACAAUAAUAACUACUCAGCGACGACGGCAACUACUACAACUACAUCACGACCUUCAACGACUUCCACACCCAAAUCUACCACCACGUCCACAUCAACCACCACGGUGUUGUAUUCAACACGCCCUCCCAUGUGCUCAUGUCAGGAUGACAUGACACCGCUGUUUCAGAGACUGGACAACCUAACCUCCAUCACCCACACCUUGAUGCGGCAGAUGAAACCUGCCGUUCGGAGUCCCUUUGACUGUAUCGCUCCUCCGACGCCUGACGGAACAGUGACUCGG